AUGACCUCCUACAUGACCGGCAGCGAAGCCUUCUCUCGUGAGAACGCUACCUCCGCCGCCUCCGGCCCGGCCCCGCAAGCCGCCUGGGCCGAUAAGUACCGAGGGGCUACUGUUGAAGACCUCGACCCUCCACCGGCCCUGUCAGUCUCGCCCAAUGACCCCGUCUCGUCUGCCCUCAUGACCGCCUACGAGCGCGACUACACCCACCUCACCGUCAUCUCCUCCACCAGUCGAUCCCUCCUCGGCUACCUCAGUAUUCCCCGUCUGAAGGAGCUCAUUCACAACGGCACCGUCAAGGAGACAGACACCGUUGCCUCGGCGAUGCAGCGGUUCAAUCGGAAACGCGGCAUUUACCAAGUGAUCACAAUGGAUACACCUCUGGAGGAGCUGGAGCAGUUCUUCGAGAGCCAGACGGGAGCCAACGGGGACAAGCGCGAGAAGCAGCAAUUUGCAGUGGUUACAGAUGUGACGCGGAAGUUCGUGCUUGGAGUUGCGACCAAGGCGGACCUGGAGGAAUUCGUGAAGCGCAGACCGACCUAA